AUGUCUCGAGCAAUUCCCUCGCCCGCGCCGAAGGAGCUGGAAACGACCGCAGACGGGAAUAAGCCGACUUCCACCAAAGUCAAUAUCAAACUUCGAUUUCUGUCCGAGUAUUGCUCGAUCUCCGGAAACCCUCUAUGUUUCUUACAUUUCACACUCAAAGCCGCGGAAGACGCCAGGAUCAGUGUGAAUCGAAGACGUCCAAUCGUUGAAUUCCUCGAGGUCAAGGACGACCAUGUCCCUGGUGGAUUACCACUCCUUUCAUUCUAUGACGCUGCCAGUGCCUUCUGGGAGGCGGAGCAAGGCGAAAGUCUCGGUCUUGCAGGUCAUGCUGAGCUUAUCACUCAGCGUCGUGGUGAUACCGUCGAACAGGGUCGGAUAUUUCAGAUCACCGACCAGGUGGACAUUAUGGCAACAGCUCAGCAUCGAAGGAUGGAAGACCUCCGCCACCAACCCGGAGAAGUACCUGCCCGUGCAAUUCCACCUCAGCCUUUCAAUCUGUCCAAUGCUGAGGGAGCUGUCCUCUUUCAUCAGAGACUUUGGGUCUCAGAGACGGCUCAGAGAGACAUGGGGCGUAUCCUUGAUGCGCAGACUGGCGCAGAGCACGACAAGAGGUCUCUCCAAGACGAGAUUCUGCUCUCUGUGGCGCGCAACAGACUAUUGCCAACCGACCUUGUUGCUGCCAUUGACGAAUGGAUGAAGCUCGGAGGCGUACCACUCGUACCACAACCUAGGAGACGACGCCGUUUGGGGAUCCGCUCUUCGUACCUAACGGAUGGCGGAUAUAGAGCUCAGAACGUCAACCAACCUCCUCGUGUAUCACAUGGCUCUCUAGAGAUAUUCUCCAAUGAUCAGCAGCCUAUCUCUCUGUCGCGGGAAGACAGAGUAGCUGUCAUGAGACAAGCUCGUCCUCCCCUUCAAGACCAUGUACGACGAGCAGAGAUUCAAGACGCUGGUGCUCGGCGGGAGUACUUCACAGGUAGUCGUCGAGGCUAUCUACUCGACGACCGGAGAAAAGACAAUCAACCAGCUUCUCCUAACUGUCCUGAUCCAUCGAAACUCUGGCUCGAAUACGUUAGGGGAGGUUUUCUCAAGACUCAAUUCUUCCCGUCCGAGAUGUGGACUAUCUCAGGUCAAGUACGAAAGAGAGCCUUGCCUUUCCGCUGGCAUGACGACGAGGAAGAAAACCAGCUUGAGGGACCUCACAGCAGAACCAGACAGGAUAUAGAAUUCGACUGGUCCAACAAAACCCACGUCAGUCGCCUCAACAGAUGGCGCUCGCAGCGACAAUUCAUGAUCACUGGCAAGAGCAAGAAAGAUCAAAGAUCGUACCCUUUCAACAAGUACGAAAACCAGUGGUUGACCGAGCAAGAUGCCAUGCACAUUGAGGAGCAGUUCUACCACGAGGCAGGCCAGAACGCCUUGGACGACGAGAUCACCAACCGGCGCAAAUGGGACCGGGCAAUGGAGAAGUUCUCCGACUUCAAAAAAUUCCCGAUCCGGCUCACCAAGUCCGAGAUGCAGGAUCUCACAGAGCGCUUCAACGCCACAUUUGCAGGGAAACGGUACUAUCAAAAGAAAAUCACCCGCGAGUUCAAUGGCAUGAAGGACUAUCCCACCGUGGUGACUAAGGACAUGUCACAGGUGGGGUUUGUUCCUCGUCCAGCCCGGAGUGAAAUCGUCAUCGCAAUGCAGCGUCGAAGGCUGAAGGCAUCUGCCAAGCGGUACCUCAUCACACUCAACAUGCCGAAGGAGGCAGACAAGGAUAAGUUCUAUGAUGAGUUGAGCAGCGAGGAUGACUCGGACUUUGCGAGUGAUCGUUGA